AUUUGCUCCUGUGAUACCACCCAUAUGCGUAUGUGCUUACGUACAACAAUGAAUCUGUGUAGAUCUGCGCGCUUUUUAUAGGUAUGCCAAUUGACUAUUCUAAAUGGGACAAUCUAGAGUUGUCCGAUUCAGAUGAUGAUCGCAAGCCAAAUGUCAUCAAGCUUGAUGGCUCUCAACGUGUCCAAUUGGGUAGAAAUGGGUAUAACAUUGUAUCCAAUUCCCCGAAGGUUAAUACAUCACAUGAUCUAGUGGCGUUAUCCAAGUUCUGGAAGAAACAUGUUGAAAAUGGCUCUGUAGUCGAACGAUCCCAUGUGUUUUCGCAAAGUCGCUAUGAAAUAUGUCUUUUGAUCGCUGUGCGAGAAGAGCAGAAUGCAAAGUUUGACGUCGUUGUAACUAAAUCCAGAUUAAAGAUUCUCCGCUCAGGUGUUGAAAUUUUUAACCGUGAGUUUUAUGCAACUGUUAAAGAUACAGAUGAUUGUGUAAUUUGGAGAAUAGUACGCCAGAAUGUUGAUUGGAAGGCCAUUGAGGCUUGGUGCAAUUCUUCCCAAACCCAGAAUUCCGACAAGGAAAUCACCUUUACUGAAUUCUAUCAGCAGUCUUUCAUAGAAAUAGAGCUCACUAAGGAAAAUAGUAUUGCCGAUUGCUUCAUAUGGUGGCCCAAAGCGUUCAAGGAUGAUGAAAAGUCGAUAAAGUUUGUCAGCAAAGGAGGCCAAACAUUUAUGGAGUCUUGGAACCAAGCACAUGAAGCGUUUAGAGAGCGCGUUAAAAACUUUGAAAAAGUUAACUUAUGAC